AUGGCCAGCGACCCAAACUAUUGCAAAACGUGUGGAGCUUACACACACAAUACGAACGAGUGUCCCGGCAAGCCGAACAAGCACACUGGUAUGGCGGCCUCCCUCGAACCAGCACGGGAUGAAAAGGCCUGCAACAGCAGCAUAGAUGGGGCUGACUGGGCUGAACCUGAGCUGCCCACGGCAUUCGAAGCUCGAAUGCGGGAUCGUGAACUAGAAUGUGAUGCAGAGCUGAGUGCGGCGCCAGAUCUGGAGUUUACUUGGGACGGCGGAUGUUGGGCGAUCUAG